AUGUUGCAAGGUAUAAUAGAUCUGCAUCUGUCUAAUGAUGUCCCAUCCCAGAGUCAAGGAGAACGGGAAACCUUUGCUAAUAUUUCAUGGAAAAAGGUGAAACUCCUCAUUGAGUUCACCUAUGGAAAGGAAUCUGACAUGUUCUUUGGGGAACUUGUUCGUGCCAUAGAUGCUGCUAGCAAAAGGAGAGGCCCUGCUCCAGACUUCAGUUGGUUGGAAGACUACCAGUUCAUUGCCAAUUCCAGUGUUCGUCCUGGCUCAGCUGCAUCAAAAUCUGAUGCCUCAGAGUUCACAGACAUUGCUCGUGUCCCCACACCAUGUGAAGAAGGAAAUCGCACUGCAUGGGAAGAUGGAUCAAAUGAACUAGACAUCCCUCGUGAAGGGAUUGCUUUGGGACAGACUCCCAUUGCUGCCCGUGAGAGUGUUGUGAGGUACCAGAUGGCCAUGAGAGAAGAAGCCUACACUGAUAUCCAUCACUUCAGGAUUGCUGUGAUCAAUGCCCUUCAUCCCAUGGCACGCUACCACAAGGUGAAACAGGUGCGACUUGUUGGCAUGCUUCUUCUAGUCUUUGUCCAGGAGCGACAUGCCGCCUAUAUCAGAGGUGUUGCUGCCGAGACAGUUGGCACAGGACUUAUGGGCAAGAUGGGGAAUAAGGGUGGAGUUGGGAUUCGAUUGGAGCUGCAUAGCAGCACACUGUGUUUCAUCAACUGUCAUCUAGCUGCACAUCCAUCAGAAUUGGAAAGGAGAAACCAGGACUACCAUGAAAUCUGCUCUCGCCUUUCCUUUCAAUCAUUCACACCCCCAAGGAAUAUUAAGGACCAUGAGUUAGCUAUCACCUUCUCCCAUGCUCUGUUCUUCAAUUUCAUGGAAUUCCAGGAAGAUAACGGAUCGUUGGGGAAUGCGCUGCUUCUUCCGGGCCUUGAUAUUCAGCUUCUCCAGGCUUCUCUGGAUCGUACUCUGAUGGCACCCGAACUUCUUGGCCGCUUGGCGCUGAGAAAUCCCGUCCCUGUUGUCCAUCGCCCGCCUCAAGGCAGCCAGCUUGCGCGGAGUCAUUUUUUUGUUGGAACCACCGGAGCCAGGCUGACGAGAUGCAGUCAGAUCUACUGGCUGGGAGACCUCAACUACCGCCUAGAGGAUGUAGAUUAUGGGGAUGCUCUGGACAUGAUCAAGCAAAGAGCCUAUGAGAAGCUCCUUGUGCAUGACCAGCUGAAGCAGCAGCAAAACCUCCAACGAGCAUUCCAGGGCUUCCAAGAGGGUGAAAUCAAAUUCCAGCCCUCCUACAAGUAUGACCCGAACACUGAGGAGACAUGGGCUACGGGAGAGAGACAGCGGGUACCAUCCUGGUGUGACCGGAUUCUGUGGAAAGGGGAACACAUUGAACUCCUUGAGUACCAAAGCCAGAUGUCUCUUACUCUAUCUGACCAUAAACCUAUUUCUGCUGUCUUUCAAGCUGGGGUAGGUUUCUCCAUCAAAGUCAUCUCAAUUUCUGACUCAUUUUAUGAGAACAGAAUGCUCAGUCAACCCCUGUUGCAGAUAAAGGUGAUCGACACUGUGCGAUACCGUCGUAUCUAUGAGGAGGUGAUGAAGAAGCUGGACAAGUUGGAGAAUGAGUUCCUCCCACAAGUCUCCGUGGACAAGCUAGAAAUUGUGUUUGAUCGAGUGAGGUUCUUGGAGCCACAAAAUCGUUUCCUCUCCAUUGCCAACACAGGGCAGGUCCCAGUUCAGUUUGAGUUCAUCAAAAAGCUCAAUGAUACCAGCUACUGCAAGCCAUGGCUCAACAUCCAGCCCUACUCAGACUUUCUCAAACCAGGGGAGAAGCGUGAUGUGGAGCUGGAGGUGUACGUGGAUAAAGGGACUGUUAGUCGGCUGAACUCCGGUCAGGACCAGCUCUACGAUAUCCUUGUUCUUCAUCUGGAUGGAGGGAAAGAUCUCUUCAUCACUGUAACAGGAGAAUAUGAACGCACUUCCUUUGGCCUUUCCCUCAACACCCUUGUCCAGCUCAAGGUCCCCAUCCGGGAAGUCCCAGUGGGAAAACUAGUCCAGCUGGAAAAUGAGAGGCUGAAGGAACCACCUGGUUCAUGCUAUGGUGUGCCAAAGGAGAUCUGGUUUCUUGUGGACCACCUGUACAAUCAUGGCCUGAAGGCUGAGGGGCUGUUUGAGACCCCUGGGCUCCACUCAGAGAUCAUUGCCAUUCGAGAUGCACUCGAUACACAACUUCCUGUGGAGCUUCCUGGGAGCCCCCAUUCUGUGGCAGAGGCACUACUUGUCUUCCUUGAGGCCCUGCCAGAACCAGUGAUUUCCAAUGAAUUCUAUACCCGGUGCCUUGAAGCAUCCCCCAAUUACCUCAUGUGCCAGCAGGUCCAAAGUUCGCCAUGGAUUAAAUUUCUGUUCCCAGAGCAUCAUCUCAACUUGUUCAUCUACCUGUGUGCUUUCUUCAAGGAAGCUCUCCUUUACUCUGCUGAUAAUGGGCUUGAUCCCAAAACUCUGGCGUCAUUGCUGAGUGGAAUUCUGUUCCGGGACCCACAACAGUCGAAGCAGUCUGUGCCUGGUUCCCGUCCUGGAUCUGCAGGAACCCAGUUGCAACAGCAGCAGCUCAUGAUCACUGAACGUAAAAAAGCCAACUUUGUCUAUCAUUUCCUAGUCAAUGAACUUGAGACUGGCUGAUGUGGGAGACUUCCAGGCAUCCAUGCAAGGAGAUGCACAAUCAUCACCAGUGGUUUUUAUAUUUCAGUUGGCCAUUUAUUUUAUUUCAUGUGAUUAUUUCAAUAAUUCAGGUCUUUGCAGUGGCUGGUUCCACAUUCGAUCUCCCAAAUUUGAGUUUUUCCUCAGCCUGUCCAUGUGAGCAUAAUCUGUCUGUUAGUCCCAUGGAUCAACAAGACCCUAUGUUUUAUCCUUGAAACUUUUCAAGAACACUCUUCAUUUUCAUUCCAUAGCUUACUUGAUACAUAUUUGAUGGCAAUGGUGCUUUUGUAUAUCAGGUACUCUUCAACAGAUAUUAAAGUUAGCCUUUUGCUAGCAUGACUCGUGGCACUUUUGAAUGAAUGCAACCUUUGAACUCUUCAUAAUGUGGUGCUAGUUUCAGUUUUGAGACUGCAGCUCAUAUCUCUUCAAAUACAUGCCUCUAAUAUAAUUUCAUCUGCAUUUUGUAUCUACAUAAUGUAAUUAUGAGCUUUGCAAACUUGCACUGAGUUUUUUUUGUUCAUAGAAAUUUACUAACUGGUCAUUCAUGGAGAGAGCUUUGUAGUUCUUGCACAGGGUGUUAUAGUCUGUCACUUUUGCUGGUUUUUUAUCUGGGUUCCCUUCAUGAAGGAUAUUCCUUCUCACGCAAUAAGAUGCUCGGGAAUCUUCUCAUUUGCAGCUAUAUCAUUUCUGGAGUUUUAUGGUAUGUCUGCAUUGAUUGUUGAAUCCUUGAACAUAAAUAAAAAUUUCAUCAACUUCGAUGCCAUUUUAAAACAACUUCAUUUUGUAACUUGGCAAACUUACAAAAGAGUGAGAAAUAGACAAAAGAGAAGGCUAACCUGUCAUACUUGCUUUGCUGUUUCAAAGAGACCUGUUUUACAUAGCUAAUGUAUUUACAAUCAUUACAAAUGAAUGUGGUAUGUUGGUCAUGAGUGAUC